AUGCAUCAACAAACAACAAUAAAAAGAAAAUUAAGCGAUCGAAAUAAUGAUUUUAAUGGGAAUUGUGCAUUAAGUGACCAAUAUGUUAAUUGUUUAAAAAAAAGUAAAUUAGCCUUGAUACGACAUCCACUUGGUAUAAUGCCAUGGGGUAAUUAUUUUAUUGAUUCUACGGAAAAAGGAUUUCGUAAAAAUCGUCGAGAAACAAGUCUUGGUGCGCUUGCGCAUUUAACAGACGAAAUAAUUUUAGAAAUUCUUGGAUAUUUUAAUGUAAAAGAAUUAUUAACUUUAGGCUUUACGAGCCAAGUUUUAUACUGUUUCGUAUCUUUUGAAGAUUUAUGGAAACAGCUUACAAUUCGAAAGUUUAAUGGAGAUUGGUGGUGGUACGGUAGUUGGAAGUUAACAUAUUUGAAAAGAUCAGAUCCUAAAUAUGAUGUAGAUUCGUUCAUAAAACCCGCGAUAAAUGUAACACAUUUUUAUAGUGAUAUUCUCUUUCAACCAUUCCUGAAUAGUUCGACAGGAGUGGAUCAAUUUUUGGGUAUAGAAACAAUUGAUCGUCGUUCAAACUUAAGCAUGGAGGAAUUUAAUACAAACUAUGCAGCAAAAAAUAGACCAGUAAUUAUUACAGAUGUAGUGACGCAAUGGCCAGCAUUUCAAAAAUGGACGAUAAAAUAUCUUGUAGAAAAAUAUGGGGACAUCCAUUUUCGUGCGGAAGCUAUUAACAUAAAAUUAAAAAACUAUGUACAGUACAGUGCGAGCACACUAGAUGAAAGUCCAUUAUACUUGUUUGAUAAAAAAUUUGGGGAAAAAUGUAAUGGUAUUCUUGAAGAUUUCUUGGUACCAGAAUAUUUUAGUCAAGAUUUUUUUAAUAUUCUUGGACAGAGUAGACCAGAUUUUCGAUGGAUCAUAAUCGGCCCAACUCGCUCUGGAUCAACAUUUCAUAAGGAUCCAAACUCAACAUCAGCGUGGAAUGCAGUUAUCAGGGGAUCAAAAAAAUGGAUAAUGUAUCCACCAGAUAUUCUUCCUCCUGGUGUUUUCACUAGUGCAGAUGAGGCAGAAGUUACAUCGCCAGUAUCUUUGAUGGAAUGGCACUUUAAUUAUUAUAAAGCAACACAAAAAUCAAAAAUACAACCUUUAGAAGGAAUUUGUCGCGCAGGAGAAUUGAUUUUUGUGCCUAAUGGAUGGUGGCAUAUGGUGAUCAAUCUCGAAGAUUCUAUUGCUAUUACACAGAACUUUAUUGGAUUACAUAAUUUAUCGAAUGUAAUUAAAUUCCUUCGUGAGAAACCAGAACAAAUUUCAGGAUUCUCAUCAGAUUCAUGGCCAUCUUGCAAAACUAUUCAUGAAACUUUUUAUAACAAGCCAUCCGUUUGGGAACAGCUCAAGAAAUCCGAUGAUACAGAAAAAGGAUUUACAUUUAAUUUUUCUAAUAAUGAAUAA